AUGGUGAUGGAUCCAGACGACGGCGACGAUGUCGAGGUCAUCUAUGAGGGCAAGAGAAGCCCUGAAGCCACUGAAGCCAUAGAUGUGCCCGAGACAUCCGGGCUGAGGGAAGCCGAGGAUGGCAAGACCGACGUGGACUUGGCCCUUGCCCUUGUUGCCGACGUAGACGAUGAGCAAAAACCCGUCCUCUCGAAGCAGCAGCAGGAAGAGGCGGCAAAGAUGGCUGAGCAUCGGAAGCGCUUCGACAACCAGAGGUAUCAGCGAGGGCAGUCCGGUUCUGGCGAAACAGGACCUGGAGCUGCGCCGGUGCCGGUACCGGCAAUCCCUGCAGCCAAGCAGGAGAACAAAGCUGCCCAUGAGAUCAUGGGUAUGAAUGCUUCGGUUUCUCCCAGAAAGGCCGGUCUGGAGGAGUGCCUCCCAGGCGGUAUCCUUGAGGAUGGCUUGGGGCAGUCCGCCGUGCCCGUGCGUGAGCAGCGGAACAAUCACUUCGACGACGACGACGAGAUGCUGAUGAAGGAGAUUCUCGACAGCAUCGACGGCUAA